AUGAGAGACAGCGGCGACGUUCAAAGUUUCGUCUUGUACUUUCGAAUGACGCCAGACGUUUUCGACUACCUCCACGAUCUGGUUAAGGACGACCUCACGAAGCAGCAUGUCGUUCGGGAGCCACUGUCUUCCUACGAAAGGCUGGCCCUCACAUUCCGAUAUCUGUCCUCUGGAAUGGCGUUUAAAGAUGUCGCCAUGGCAUACAGAGUUGGAAUCGAGACAGCACGUGAAGCCGUGCAUCUCACCUGCACGGCACUAUGGAACAGGUUGAAAGACCUAUACAUGAUGCCCCCAAGUGAAUCAGAGUGGCAAGAUACUGCACAGGGCUUUGGGGAAAGAUGGAACUUUCCAAAUUGCCUUGGUGCUGUCGAUGGUAAACAUGUUCGAAUUGUUGCACCAAACAAGUCUGGAAGUACAUAUUUCAACUACAAGGGGACCUACUCCAUUGUCCUGAUGGCAGUCGUCGACAGCCACUACAAAUUUGUCCUCAUCGAUGUCGGUGCAGAGGGACGUCAAAGUGACUGCGAAGUAUUGAAGUCCUCUGCCAUUGGACGCCGGCACUGCGUGAAAAACGCGUUUGGUAUUCUUGCCUCACGGUGGAGAAUACUGCUUACAACUAUAAACUUGAGUGUGCUGAAUGCAGAGAAUGUCAUCAAGGCAGUGUGCAUUCUGCACAAUUUCUUGGCGGAGCAGUGUGGUGUUCCUUCAGGUUUAGCCGACGAGGUGGAUACACUUGGCAACGUCAUUGAAGGAGGGUGGCAUAGAGAUGCCGGACAGUUUGUGGAACAACAGCGUCUACAGUGUGGUCACACGCGAAGCCACAGCUGCCAGGAGUAG